AUGAGGUUAAUGAUUCUUCAAUUGUUGGCCUUUAUCGUCUGCUCAGUGCAUGCUUUUCAAGCAUUCUUUCCGGGCUCAUUCAAUGAUUGUACACCGCCAACCAAACCCAAACCCAUCUGUUCCAUCGACCACAUAUACUGCGACAACCCCAACAACCAACAACAACAACAACAAAGAAACAUCAAUGCGGCAUUUGUCAUUUCAGGCGUUGAGAAAAAUACAGAUAAUAGCUACAAUAUAUUUGCAAAUUACCAAGCCGAAAACUACAACCAAUUGUAUACCAAUUUUGCACAAAACGUUGAUCAAGUUUAUGUUAGUGGUACGGGAGUUAGUGAUGCGACAAUUUAUGACCAAAGAACCAACAAUCAGGUGAACCCGUUUCGCUGGUCAGCCAAAUUCACUUGCAAGCCUCAGGUGAAAAAUGGGAAAUGUUGCAUUCCUGAUGGUUUAAAGCUUUGGUGUAAAUUUAAACAAGGUGGUGCUGGAGGAGCCGCAAUAAAUCAGGUAUUUGGUCAACAAGUUAGCUACUAUUCAGUCAGUCCAUUAUCAGGUGGUGUUCAACCAUAUGACCCGAAUGGUUUGUUCAACCAACAAUUGCUGUUUCACAAAAGAGACGAAGAAGUUCAAUCUGAUUUGAAUGUACUUGAGAGGAGAAAUUCAAAUGAUUUAUUCAAUUUGUUGAACGGCUGUACUGAUAAACAUCGUGGCAUCAAGCAAUUCUGUUGGGAUUGCGACUGUACUCCACCCUCGAGCUCAUCAACACCACCAAGCUCAUCAUCAGAGCCACCAUCCAGUUCAGAGCCACCAAGCUCAUCAGAACCACCAAGCUCAUCAGAGCCACCAAGCUCAUCAGAACCACCAAGCUCAUCAGAACCACCAAGCUCAUCAGAACCACCAUCUAGCUCAGAGCCACCAUCCAGUUCAGAACCACCAAGUUCUUCAGAGCCACCAAGCUCAUCAGAGCCACCAAGCUCAUCAGAACCACCAUCUAGUUCAGAACCACCAAGCUCAUCAGAACCACCAAGCUCAUCAGAACCACCAAGCUCAUCAGAACCACCAAGCUCAUCAGAGCCACCAAGCUCAUCAGAACCACCAUCUAGUUCAGAACCACCAAGCUCAUCAGAACCACCAUCUAGCUCAGAACCACCAUCUAGUUCAGAGCCACCAUCUAGUUCAGAGCCACCAUCCAGUUCAGAACCACCAUCCAGUUCAGAGCCACCAUCUAGUUCAGAGCCACCAUCUAGUUCAGAACCACCAUCCAGUUCAGAGCCACCAUCCAGUUCAGAGCCACCAAGCUCAUCAGAACCACCAUCUAGUUCAGAACCACCAAGCUCAUCAGAGCCACCAUCCAGUUCAGAGCCACCAAGCUCAUCAGAACCACCAUCCAGUUCAGAACCACCAUCCAGUUCAGAGCCACCAUCCAGUUCAGAGCCACCAAGCUCAUCAGAACCACCAUCUAGCUCAGAGCCACCAUCUAGUUCAGAACCACCAUCCAGUUCAGAGCCACCAUCCAGUUCAGAGCCACCAAGCUCAUCAGAACCACCAUCUAGUUCAGAACCACCAAGCUCAUCAGAGCCACCAUCCAGUUCAGAGCCACCAAGCUCAUCAGAACCACCAUCCAGUUCAGAACCACCAUCUAGCUCAGAACCACCAUCUAGUUCAGAACCACCAAGCUCAUCAGAACCACCAUCUAGCUCAGAGCCACCAUCCAGUUCAGAACCACCAUCUAGCUCAGAGCCACCAUCCAGUUCAGAGCCACCAAGCUCAUCAGAACCACCAUCUAGCUCAGAGCCACCAUCCAGUUCAGAGCCACCAUCCAGUUCAGAACCACCAAGCUCAUCAGAACCACCAAGCUCAUCAGAGCCACCAUCCAGUUCAGAACCACCAAGCUCAUCAGAGCCACCAUCUAGUUCAGAACCACCAAGCUCAUCAGAACCACCAUCUAGCUCAGAGCCACCAUCCAGUUCAGAACCACCAAGUUCUUCAGAGCCACCAAGCUCAUCAGAACCACCAUCUAGCUCAGAGCCACCAUCCAGUUCAGAGCCACCAUCCAGUUCAGAACCACCAAGCUCAUCAGAACCACCAAGCUCAUCAGAGCCACCAUCCAGUUCAGAACCACCAAGCUCAUCAGAGCCACCAUCUAGUUCAGAACCACCAAGCUCAUCAGAGCCACCAUCCAGUUCAGAGCCACCAUCUAGUUCAGAACCACCAAGCUCAUCAGAGCCACCAUCCAGUUCAGAGCCACCAUCCAGUUCAGAGCCACCAAGCUCAUCAGAACCACCAUCUAGUUCAGAACCACCAAGCUCAUCAGAACCACCAUCUAGUUCAGAGCCACCAUCCAGUUCAGAACUACCAUCUAGCUCAUCAUCAUCGACGCUUGAAAGUACUACUCCGCCAUUCACAGCUGUAAGUGAAACGUCAACCACAGACUCUACAACAGUUAUUACGAUUACAUCUUGCUCGCAUGGAGACUGCACCACAAUUACUGAAACAACUGGAUUGACGGUUAUUACUGAAGGUACUACUGUUUACACUACUUAUUGUCCGUUACCUGGGUCAACAGCCACUUCUUCCACUGGUGGAGCUCCUGGAAACGGAUCCGGUAAUAACAAUGGGUCAGGUAAUAAUAAUGGAUCUGGUCAUAAUAAUGGAUCCGGUAAUAAUAAUGGGUCAGGUAGUGGCAAUGGGUCAGGUAGUGGCAAUGGGUCGUCAGGUAACAGCGGAUCAAGUAAUGGCAACGGAUCUGUCCACGGCAAUGGAUCGGGCAAUGGUUCAGGCCAAGGAUUGGGUAGUGCCAAUAGUUUAGGUGAGGCUCUGGGAUCCACCUCGACUACGAUUAUUACGAUUACAACUUGUUCGAAUGGUGGUUGCUCCACGGUGACAAUGACCACCGGUGUAACUGUAAUUACUGAAGCAACAACUACUUACACCACAUACUGUCCUCUCACUGGAAAGCCGACAGCUUCGUCGUCAACCAUUCUACCAAGUCAUGCCUCAGGUGCUGCAUCAGGUAACGCUAAUGGAGCAGGCAAUGCAAGUGGAACAGGUAACGCUAAUGGAGCAGGCAAUGUAAGUGGAGCAGGUAACGCUAAUGGAGCAGGCAAUGCAAGUGGAGCAGGUAACGCUAAUGGAGCAGGCAAUGCAAGUGGAGCAGGUAACGCUAAUGGAGCAGGCAACGCUAAUGGAGCAGGCAAUGCAAGUGGAGCAGGUAACGCUAAUGGAGCAGGCAAUGCAAGUGGAGCAGGUAACGCUAAUGGAGCAGGCAAUGCAAGUGGAGCAGGCAAUGCAAGUGGAGCAGGUAACGCUAAUGGAGCAGGCAAUGCAAGUGGAGCAAAUAACGCUAAUGGAGCAGGCAAUGCAAGUGGAGCAGGUAACGCUAAUGGAGCAGGCAAUGCAAGUGGCGCAGGCAAUGCAAGUGGAGCAGGCAAUGCAAGUGGAGCAGGCAAUGCAAGUGGAAGUGGAAGUGGAAAUGCCUUAAAUAAUGAGUCAACAACACCAGCUUCGAGUAUUUCUGCUGUUGCAACGAGUGAAGGAGGACAACAAAGUGGAUCACAGCCAAAUAACAACAAUGAGUCAGGGUCUGGUGGUAGUAAUGAAUCAGGAAGUGGAUCAGGAAGUGGUGAAGAAUCUAACACACCGGGAUUGACCCCACUUGCAGGUGUUGGUGCUACAGUGGAAUCAUCCAUUGGAGCAGCUUUGCUUGCCGCUGUACUUUUAUUGCUUUAG